GCGGCCAAUAGUCACACAAUAUCAGGGUCUAUUGACGGACUUGUUUAUGCCAGAAAAUGAAAUAAAGCUGUCGCGAAAACAAAGCGGCAAACAGGUUAAAAGAAUUUUAAGUAUUCGAAUCAUCUAUUUUCUGUAAGUCAAACUGGAAAUGGAAAAUAGUGGUGAAAGUGGUGAUGAUGGAGGACCAUUAGGUCCAACCGCUUUCCUUAGUGGAGGCGGUGUUUCUGCAUCAUAUAUUAGCGUACAAUCAGACGAUAUGGAAGAUGACCCUGAAAACACAGACGAUUCUAAUCAUGGAGCCAGCGACCCGUUGCAAGGAGUUGGUGGUGGUAGCGGUGGAGGUCCACUUCGGGAGCAAGAUCGGUUUCUUCCAAUAGCAAAUGUGGCUAAAAUUAUGAAAAGAGCCAUACCGGAAGCAGGAAAAAUAGCCAAAGACGCACGUGAAUGUGUUCAAGAAUGUGUAUCUGAAUUCAUAUCAUUCAUAACAUCCGAAGCAAGUGACAGGUGCCACAUGGAAAAACGCAAGACUAUCAAUGGUGAAGACAUUCUAUUUGCUAUGACAACUCUUGGUUUUGAUAAUUAUGUAGAACCACUGAAAGUGUAUCUACAAAAAUAUAGAGAAGCCACGAAAGGAGAUAACCCUCCAGGUACUGGUGCAACAACCGGUAAUGGAAAAACAGAACCACAGGGGACUAUUUAUGAGGAUCAGCUGUUUGCUAUUGCUGCGACAGGAUCCAAUGCUACCACUUCUGAUACACCUGUUAUAUACAGUUAUACAUCCACUGAUCAAAUGCAGUUUCAACUUUCUUGAUCAGUGCAGGUUAAAGUGUGAUGCUAAUAUAAAUUAUUCUGUGUAACACGCGAUUUGACCGUUACAUAUCGUCAGUGUGCAUGAUUGCGUUCGUUUUUCUCGUAAAGACUGUGAAAUCAAUUUUGUGUCAGUGAUCGAGAACACAUACGAGCAUUUUAAGAUUUUGAAUGGAAGGUGAGAAUUAAGAUUAAGUGACACCUUGUAAAGAGUAUAAUUGAAUAUGGAAGGAAAUAAACGAGGAAGCAGUUAAAGGCUUAUUGAUAA